GAAUAAUUUAGACAUCUUACAUGCAAUUUAUAUGUUUGUAAAGACGCUCUUUAAAUCCAGAAGGCUGGGGAAAUUGUGAUGUAGGAGCGGCGCGCGCCGUCUCGGGGGUGUGGUGAUGCUCGCGCUGUGAACUCACGCGAGCCCGGGCGCUGAAUACUAGAGCACUCAGAGCGAAGCACGGACACCGAACAGAGAACCGACGGCAUGGCAUCAUCUCAGGGGAAGAGCGACCUCCGUUAUGCGGACUGGAUGUCAAGUUUACCGGACACCUUGCACAGUAUUCCUCUUACCAACCUCGCCAUACCGGGUUCCCAUGACUCCUUUAGUUUUUACAUCGACGAAGCCUCACCAGUUGGGCCGGAGCAGCCUGAGACCGUGCAGAACUUUGUCUCUGUGUUUGGCACAGUGGCCAAGAAGCUGAUGAGGAAGUGGUUGGCGACACAGACCAUGAACUUCACCAGCCAGCUGGAGGCGGGCAUCCGCUUCUUUGACCUCCGCAUAUCCACCAAACCCAGAGACCCCGACAACGAGCUCUACUUUGCACACGGCCUGUUCAGCGCCACCGUACGCGAAGGCCUGGAGCAGAUCAGCACCUUCCUGGCCUCCCAUGCUCGCGAGGUCGUGUUCCUGGACUUCAACCACUUCUACGGCGUACAGAACCUCCAUCACGAGAAGCUGGUCCAGAUGCUGCGCACCAUCUUCGGAGACCGACUCUGUCCAGUAGUGUUUGCUCAAGAGGUAAGCCUGAAGUACCUCUGGGAGAAAGAGUAUCAGGUGCUGGUCUUCUAUCACAAUCCCAUGGCUCUGGAGGUUCCUUUCCUGUGGCCUGGUCAGAUGAUGCCUGCUCCUUGGGCCAAUACCACAGAUCCCGAGAAGCUCAUUCAGUUCCUUCAAGCCUCAGUAAAGGAUCGGAGACGUAAGGGCACCUUUUUUGUGUCCCAAGUGGUUCUCACUCCCAAAGCAAGCACCGUCAUGAAGGGUGUCACCAGCGGUCUGAGGGAGACCAUUACAGAGAGGGCUCUUCCUGGCAUGAUGCAGUGGAUCCGCUCACAGCGACCUGGGGAAAGUGGAGUAAACAUCAUCAUGGCCGAUUUUGUGGAGCUGGGGGAAUUUAUCAGCGCUGUUAUCACCCUCAACUACUACCUGGAUGAUGAGGAAGAGAACGCCACCUGAACCUCCAAAUUUCCCACAUCGCUUGUGGUAUCAAUUACUUGCUCCCUCUCUCUUUGCCAUAUUUAUAUGUUUUAUUGAUUUUUAUUGAUUUUUUGGAUCAUAGAGGCUCUGUUCGUCUGACAUUUUUAGGGCUAAUGAAAGCCUUGAGAAUGAUAGUAGAGACCAGACACGGUCAGGUGGAAUAAUUUCAGGUUUUGUCUGAGGAUGAAUGGGGGCAGUUGGUAAUUUAAUUUCUUUCUGGGCAAAAAAGCUGACUGGCCUUUUCCCAUGUUUCUCUGCUUCCUAUCUAUUGGACUACUAGUUACUGAUUCACAUGCUCGAAACCUUGAUAAGUUCCCCCAAUUCUGCUUCUGAUCAAAGUAACAGUAACAUUAACUCAUUUCAUGGGAAUAAAUAUCGUUUGUACAGUGAAUGUGAUGCUGAAUCUAUAGUAGGUUUAUUUCUAGUGGUCAUAGUAACUUGUAUGAUUGUCGAAUUGUAAAUACUUGUAAACCUGUUGAAUUGUAACUUUGCUCACUAUUUGUCAUGCCCGAACUUACGUCAAGAGUUGAGGUUCCCUUCGGGGCCUCGGUCUGGUCUUACAAUGUUGAAGAAGUGAACUAUUAGAUGUUUGUAUUCACAACCAAAAAUUGCAAUUGUAUGUAACAGCAUUUUUGCCUUUCUGCCAUUAUCAACACUAAUAAGUGAGGCUUUGUAUCUACAUUUUUGUAGUCAUCCUUUACUUUAUCCAACAGAUUCUUUUAUAUAUCCGUGAACAACAUAAAUAUUCUUUGCAUUUGCACUGUUGUGACUGUGGACUGUUAAAGAGUGGCCACUGAAGUUGCAGAACCACCCCCCCCAUACAAUCCAUCACUUAAUAAUGCACAAUUUGCAUUCAAUCAUAAACAUGCAUACAUAAACAAA